CAAUUCACCUUAUCUUCAAUCCCUCACCACCUUCACAAUCUAAAAGUAAACAAGAAAAAAAACACCAACAAGAAAGAAAGAAAGAAAAAAGACCCAUUCUUGUACAAAUGGAAAAUACCACCACCAAUAACAACCACACACCAUCCACCGCACCACCACCACCACCACAAGCCACCGCAUUCCCACCACAACAACAACCAUACCAACAUCUUCUCCAACAACAACAUCAACAACUCCAAAUGUUUUGGAACUACCAACGUCAAGAAAUCGAGCAAGUCAACGAUUUCAAAAACCAUCAACUUCCUCUUGCACGUAUCAAAAAAAUCAUGAAAGCCGAUGAAGAUGUCCGCAUGAUAUCCGCGGAAGCUCCCAUUUUAUUCGCGAAAGCAUGCGAACUCUUUAUAUUAGAACUUACCAUACGUUCAUGGCUCCAUGCAGAAGAAAACAAACGUAGAACUUUACAAAAAAACGAUAUUGCCGCCGCUAUAACGCGUACGGACAUCUUUGAUUUCCUUGUUGAUAUUGUCCCAAGGGAUCAUGAAAAUGUUAAUAAUAAUAAUAUUAAUGAUGUUGGUUCGGUUGUUAGUAAUGUUGGGAUGGUUGGGAAUAAUAAUAAUAAUAGUAGCGCAGCUAGUGGGCUACCUUAUUAUUAUCCACCGGUGGGUCAGCCGGCCCUGGGAAGGCCAGCUGUGGAUCCCACCGGUAUGUAUGGACCGCCUUCGCAGGCGUGGCAGUCGGUUUGGCAGGAUGAUGGGUCUUAUGGAAGUGGUGGCAGUGCCGGACAUGGUGGUAUCGAUGGACAAGGCUAAAAACCGAUUGUUCAAUGACUUGGUGGUUGUUGGCUUUUAAUUUUCUUGGAGAGGGCGGCAAGGAUGGAAUGAAUGGGAAGGAGCUGCAGCCCUGUUGGUGUAGCAAUUCCUGCAAAUUCUGUUAUGAACAUUGGGGGUUGCUAGCUAUACAUAGUGUAACCACAAGAAGAAGAAAAAAACAAAAGUAGCUAGUUUGAAUGAUUGAAUAUGCAGAUGUAGUGUUAGAGAUCGAUCUCUGUAUAAAAUCAUCCUUAAUUUCAACCAUCAUACAUUGUGCAGUCUAAUUUGCAAAUUUCUGCCUUUUCUAUAUAUCAAGUUGUCAAAGAUUGAAACCGCCA